AUGCCGAGGGCCGGAUCCAGGGCCACACCGACAUUGAAUUGUCCCGACCGUGGUCGUGAGCAAGCCAGGGCCGUAGCUCGUCGGCUUUCGGGCACCGACUUCGAUGUUUCGUAUUCCAGUGAUAUGAGCCGGACGCGGGACACCGCGCUAACGAUUUUGGGUGAGCGGGUAACACCCCUUAACUCUGUUCCCGAGUUGCGGGAGUAUAAUAAAGGCGUUUUUGAGGGCUUGACGCCCGAACAGUUCCGGGAAAAGUACCCCCACCUGUUCGAGGCUUCCCUGGUUAACGACCCCGACUUUGCCCCUCCUGGCGGCGAAACGAUACGCCAGUGUCAGGCUCGUUUAUCCGGCUUCAUCAGAACUUUAAAGAGCAGUCAUCCGGAAGGCAACGUAUUGAUCGUCGGGCAUGGCGGGUCCCUGCGCAGCGGCAUUGUUGCAUUGCUGGAUUUGCCGUUGGAGGCCAACUGGAAGUUCGUGAUGCACAACUGUGCCUUGUCAAUAAUCCGCACUUACGAGGACAAUGCGGUAAUGCAUCUAUAUAACGAUUCUUCCCACCUGGGAGGUAUCGCUUAA